CACUAGACUCGAGCAGUUGACCUUAAAACGUCAUCAGACCGAUCACAUUUUACCAAAAUAAAACAAAACUCAACAAAAUACAUACAUAGAUAGCAUGUCAACUCAAGUAGAAGAAUAUUAUAUUGGAGUAGACGUAGGAACAGGUUCAGCAAGAGCUGCAUUGGUUUCAUCUUCAGGUGAAAUCUUGGCUGAAUCAAGUUAUCCUACUACUACUUAUAGAGAUGAAACAAAUCAUGAUAUCUUUGAACAAUCAACUGAUGAAAUUUGGAAUUCGAUUUCAAAAGCAUGUAAAGAUUGUUUAAGAGAAUCAGGUAUAGAUAAAUCAAAAGUAAAAGGAAUCGGAUUUGAUGCAACUUGUUCAUUAGCAGUAUCAGAUAAAUCAGGAAAUCCAAUUUCAAUUCAUUCAAAUCCAUCUACUCAUCCAAGAAAUAUCAUUUUAUGGGCAGAUCAUAGAGCUAAGAAAGAAACCGACUUGAUCAAUUCAACUGGUAUGAAUUUAUUGAAAUAUGUGGGUGGUACGAUGAGUUUAGAAAUGGAAAUUCCUAAAAUCCUUUGGUUAAAGAAUCAUUUGAAAUCUGAAACUUUUAAAAGUUUGAUGUUUUUUGAUUUACCUGAUUUUUUAACUUUUAAAGCUACUGGUUCUUUGGCUCGUAGUAAUUGUUCUUUAGCUUGUAAAUGUUCUUAUGUUCCUCCAGGGGUUGAAGGAAGUGAAGGGUGGAGUUCAGAAUUUUUCAAAAAAAUCGGUUUAUCCGAAAUUGCAGAAAAUGAUUUUGAACAAGUAGGAGGUAUACCAGGAAAAAACGGAUUGAUCUUAACAGCAGGUCAACCAAUCGGACAAGGUUUAAGUCAAAAAGCAGCUGAAGAAUUAGGUUUAUUACCAAAUACACCAGUUGGAUCAGGUGUGAUUGAUGCUUAUGCAGGUUGGAUUGGUACUGUUGCGGCUAAGAUGGAAGGAGAAAAAGAGUCAAGUUUGAAAGACUCGGAAUCUAGACUUUGUGCUAUUGCUGGUACUUCUACUUGUCAUAUCGUUCAAUCUCAUUUACCGGUUUUCGUUCCUGGUGUUUGGGGUCCUUAUUUACAUGCUAUCUUUCCUGGUUAUUGGAUGAAUGAAGGUGGUCAAUCAUCUACAGGUCAAUUACUCGACUUUAUCAUAGACACUCAUCCAGCAGUAGAAAAAUUAAAAUCAUUGGCAAAAGAACAAGGUUUAAAUCAUUUUGUGGUUUUAAAUAAUUUACUCAAAAGUUUAUGUGAAGAGAAAAAAGCUCCAUUUUUGACUUAUCUUACAAAAGAUUAUUAUUUGUACCCUGAUUUACAUGGAAAUCGAUCACCAUUAGCAGAUCCUUCAAUGAAAGGAAUGUUAAUUGGAUUAACCUUGGAUAAAUCUUUAAAUGAUUUAGCUUUAAGAUAUUUAAUUACUUGUGAAGCUAUUGCAUUACAAACCAAACAGAUUAUGGUUGAAAUGAAUCAAAAAGGUCAUCAAAUUCGUUCGAUCUUUAUGUCUGGUGGAUUAGUUAAGAAUCCCAUCUUGAUGGAACUUUUGGCUAAUGUUUGUGAUGUACCAAUCCAAUUACCUGCAUCACAUUCUGCUUCAGUCGUACUAGGAUCAGCUAUGUUAGGCAAAGCAGCUUAUGUAACAACCCAAGAUGAACGAUAUAAAUCAAAUCAAAUCAUUGAUAAUCAAGUUAAAGCUGAAAAAAUGAGCCAUGAAAUGAAAGAUAAACUUUGGGAAAUCAUGGUUGAGAUGUCUAGACCUGGUUCAACUGUUAAACCUAAUCUUGAGGUAAACUCUAAAGAGAAAAAAUUAUUAGAUGUGAAAUUUAAAGUGUUUUUAGAAUGUAUCGAAUUACAAAGAAAAUGGAGAAAGAUGGUAAAUGAAGCUUUAGCUUAAAAUCAAUCAAUCAAGCAAAAAAAUCGGUCUUUACUCUUCUAAAGAAGGCUAUUUAGAUUUUUUCGAUCAUUUUUUUUUCCUUUUUUGCUGAUUUCAACAUCAUUCUAUGGUAACUUGAAAAUAGAGGCUCUUCUCAUACAUCCAAACAUCACCAUAUCUCUUCUUGAUUCUUUUCUCGUUCUCUCUCUCUCAUUAAAUUUUUUUCUUCUUUCUUUUUCUAUUUAAAAUGAAGCAAAUGAAGAAAAAAAAACAGAUGACUAGAAUUUUUUGUUUUGAUUUUUUGAAUGAACAAUGAUCUUUUUAUUGAAAUGUAAAAUAGUUUGUUUUUUUUGCAUCAAGUUUUUUGAAGUUGUAAAUUGCAUUUUAAAUUUUGAAGUUUUUGACUUUUCUGAAAAAUCAAAAAUUGAUUGAAAGAUUAAACCCC